AUGAGCUUUCAAGGCGACGGUGGAAACAAUUAUGAAGUCUUCAGAGAAUGUGUCUCAGGAUCGAUAGUCGAAAGGUCAAAUGAGGCCAAGAAGCCUGCAAGAGCAGCGAGAAGAAAGAAAGCGAAGAAACGUGCAGACACAGAAGACUUGACGGACAAAGAGCAAGAUCCUGAAGAGCUGGCCGAUUUUAUAGAUUUCAUAGCUUCGGAGACAUUCUCCGCACUGCCAGAAGAAGUACAAACCCUCUCGUAUUCGGCCAUUCAGCGUGAUGACUCGUUGGCCCGUAAAUACAAGGAUCCAAUGAUCCCACGCUCACUUCUGGAGUCCCUAACGGCAGCCGUUCCUGUGACUGUGUCUGAAUCUCUGGCCGUAUAUGGCAUCAUUCCCGAGUCCACAGACCUGCCUGAUUUUCUUCGCCCCAUUCUGUCGGACUACAUCUCGUCCGUGACGGCAGGACCCCCCGUCUGGGCUACCACGCGCACGAUGGCCUGUGAGAUCUGCGAUCGAGACUGGAUCCCGCUGUCGUACCACCAUCUCAUCCCCAAGGAGGUUCAUGACAAGGUGCUGAAGCGGGGGUGGCACGAGGAAUGGAGGCUUAACAGCGUCGCGUGGCUCUGUCGGGCCUGCCACAGCUUCGUGCAUCGCAUGGCGAGCAAUGAGGAAUUGGCUCGCGAAUGGUACACUGUUGACCGGAUCCUGCAGAGAGAAGAUGUGCAGGAUUGGGCGAAAUGGGUGGGAAGAGUCAGAUGGAAGGCACGGUAG